GCACUUCCGGCCAGGACUCGGAGACUGACCUCACCCACCUGAGCAGGUCCUGGGCUUCCGACCAUUAAUGAUCAACAAUGGAUAAAUUCUUAAUAAAGUUACCCAGAGAAAAAGAAGAAAAGGGUAAUUCAUCAAGUGAUGGCCUGAGUUCAACACCCAGCUUUGAAACUGAAGUUAUACAAAAGAAAGAAGUGGCAAAUCCACAAGAUGAUAAGAAAAGGAGUUUUCAGCAAUCUUGGCUAUCAAGAUUUAAGUGGUUGGAGUACAAUAUCAAAUUAAACAGAGCUUUUUGCUCAGUCUGCAAAAACUGUUCUGAAAAGAAGAUCUUAAUAUUUUCUACGAAGGCUGAACCAACAUUUAUUUCAUCUGGAUUUCAAAAUUGGAAACAUGCAUUGCGUGGUUUUACAUCACACGAAAAAUCCUCCUGUCACAAGGAAGCAGUAAUGAAAUAUGCUGCUCUGCAAUCACAGGUAAAUGUUUCUGCACUAGUGUCAGCCAGUUACAGAAAAGAAUCGCAGUCAGCUAGGAUUGCACUGCACAACAUUUUUACCAGUGUUCAGUACCUAGCUCAACAAGGAAUAGCACUACGUGGACAUAAUGACAGUGAUUCAAAUUUGAUGCAGCUCUUGUUGCUACGCAGUACAGAUUCUGAGGAACUGAGACAGUGGCUCAAUCGCACAAAAUACAAGUGGAUAUCACAUGAGGUUAUUAAUGAAAUAAUCGAAAUGAUGGCAAUGACGGCGCUAAGAAAAAUUGUGCAAAAGAUAAAGGCUUCUAAGUUUUAUGCCAUUGUAAUGGAUGAGACUACCGAUUUGUCAAGAAAAGAACAAGUACGUUUUUCUUUAAGGUUCUUUUCUAGUGAAGACUGGGAGAUUUAUGAGGAGUUUAUUGGGUUUUACCAAACUGACACAAUGGAUGCUGCUUCUCUUUUCAAAAUUGUGGAAGAUACACUUCUCAGGUGUGAUUUGCCCUUUUCUGAUUGCCGGGGGCAGUGUUACGACGGAGCCAGUAAUGUGUCUGGCAAAUUUACUGGGGUCCAAGCCAGAGUGAAGGAACGAGAGCCGAGAGCAGAAUUUGUGCAUUGUGCUGCACAUUCUCUUAACCUUGCCACGCAGGAUGCCCUGCAUAAUAUUCAAGAGUGUCGUUAUAUGUUUUUUAUGGUGAAAGAUCUCAUCAAUGCCUUCAGGGAGUCACCAAAACGUAUGGCAGCAUUCAGAGAGUUUCAGAGUGAAGGAGAACCUUCUUUACGACCAUUGUGCCCAACAAGAUGGACACUAAGGAUUAGUAGCAUUAAAUCACUGCUCCAAAACUACAAGGCCAUGAUGAACUGCCUAGAUGAACUUAGUUACUCUUCUGAUGAAUUUGGCUUAAAAUGUAGUGGAUUCUCAAAGCAACUUCAAUCUUUUUCAACAUACUUUAUACUAACAGUUCUUGUGAAAGCCAUGGGUCUGGUAGAAGAAGCUAAUGCACAAAUUCAAAGCCCAAAUGUGUCAUUGACAAGCGUUAUGAAGAAAGUUGGCCUAUUGCAAGAGGUGUUGAGUGGGAUGCGUACUGACUCAUCAUACAAUCGCUUUUGGGAAACAACGGUAGAGAAGGCAAGAAAUCUUUAUUUAGAUGAGCCUACACUCCCAAGAAAACGCAAACCUCCAAGAUGGCUCGACCAUGGAAGCCUUCCUCACACCUUCAGUGACCCUAAAGAUUAUUUUCAUAAAAAAUAUGUUGAGAUCAUUGAUGCUUGCAAAGUUGCAAUUGAACAGAGGUUUUCAACAGAAAGCUUUACAUUCGCAGUAAAAUUGGAGAAGCUUAUAACUGAGGCAGCAAAUGGCUCAAAACAGGACAUUGUCCAAAUAAGUGAAGCAUUCCAUGGUGACAUCAACAUGGAGAAACUAUUUCUUCAUUUAGAAAUGUUGAGUGAUAUUUGCAGAUUGAGAAAUUGCCAGCUCACUUCAGUGAGUGAAGUGAAGCAAUUUCUAAAACAAAAUGAAGGCUUAAGUGACCUGUUGUCAGAAGUUACAAUUCUCCUGAAAUUAUUCUACACAAUUCCGACUACAACCUGCACCGCUGAGCGAUCAUUCAGUUGCUUGCGCCGACUGAAAAAUUAUUUGCGAACAACAAUGAGCCAAGAACGUCUAAAUCACUUGACAUUUCUGCACGUUCAUAAAAACUUUACCUCUGAAUUGGACAUUGCAAGUCUCCUGGAUGACUUCAUUUCAAGAACCAAACAACGACAAAAAGUGUUUGCUGCCUCCUAAAGCACAUCACAAAAGAAGGGGCUAUAUUUGUUGCAAUUUUAGAAAGUAUUUGUUUUGAGGAUUAUUGAAUAAACAGUGUAUGGUCGUUUCCAUAUUCAAAAGAGUAUUAAUUACUGAUAUUCUUAGUUAAAUAAUUUUUUAUUAUAGUGAUAUUAUGCAAUAAAA